UCCGACGUGUUCCCAUUUCGUGCCCAAAGCAUAUUCCUUUCGCUCCCUUCUCUCUCACAAAAUCACAGAAAAAAAAAAGAAAACCCUAACUUGCAAAUGCAGAAGGCUUCAACCUCGUGAUCCCGUCGUUGAAGCUUUCUUCUUCUUAAUUUCAGGAACUUUGAAGUCCGCAUUCUGGAUAUUGUAAGGAACUAACAAAAUAUGCGGAAUAAUUGGUUGUUUUUCAUUGAUCUUGACGGAAGCUCUCAAGACAUCUUUCCAAUUGAGCCCCUUGUAUUGCACAAUUAUGGGGGUCAUUUAUUUUCACAGAUUAGUUCAUUUGUUGAUAAUUCGAUAUACCAAUCUCGAAACUUAUAUGCCCCUGGGAGUUUAGCUGUUCGAGAAGCAUUUAACUGUGUGUCAAAGUUAGCUGGUGCUUUACUUUUUUGGAUCUCUAGUACGUCCACUUCAAAUUUGACUCGGGACAUAGCCAGCAGUUCACAUGGUUCGAAACCCAAAAGCUGUGAAUCUUCUACACGAGUUAAGAACAUUAUUUCUAGUAGACAUAAUCUUGCUGGAUUUCGCUAUAUACAAUCAAAAGGAAAAUCUGCCGUCCCAGUGCGUUUUGAUAAGAUUUCAAGUUUCAUGAUGAAGCUCAUGUCCAGAGAAGCCAAAAGGCUUCAAUCUUAUCCUUUGCUCUCAUUAGCUGCUGCAAUUGUACCACCAUUUGAUAACUUAUCUUCCGAGGCUUUAGCUGUUCCACUGGAGAAUACUGAUGUACAAGUAAAUGGAUAUAUGGAUCAAAGGCCUUGUGAGGUUGAGAAUCAAAGAUGUUAUGGUCCAUCAUUUCCUGACUUGAACUGGACAAGACAUGCAGUUGAGCCCAGAACUGGCAUUGAGUUUCCUAUGAUUCUGGACAACAUUUUAACUGGAGAGAAGAAUUCCGGUUUAAGUUCAGAGGUCCUCGUUGGAACUGGAUCAAGAACUAUGAAAAUAAUCAAAAUCAAAUCUCUUAAGGUCUAUGCAUUUGGUUUUUAUGUUCAUCCUUACUCCAUCUGCGAGAAAUUGGGUCCAAAGUAUGCUUCAGUUUCUGUGGACGAACUAAAUAAACGCCAGGAUUUUUAUCAGGAUCUUCUCAGGGAGGAUAUUAAUAUGGCUGUUAGGCUUGUGGUGAAUUGCAAUGGGAUGAAAAUCAAUACUGUGAGAGAUGCUUUCGAGAAAUCCCUUCGAGGCCGACUGGUGAAGAUAAACCCAGACACCGAUUACCAUUGCCUAAGAGCAUUUGGUUCAUACUUUACACGAGAUAUUCCAAUACCUGCGGGAACAACAAUUGAUUUCCGACGAACAGCUGACGGACAACUAAUUACAGAAAUUGGAGGUAACCAGAUUGGAGCAGUCCAUAGCAAAGAUUUGUGUAGGGCAUUCUUUGACAUGUACAUUGGAGAUGUUCCAGUGUCGGCGCAAACGAAAGCAGAGAUUGGCAAAAAUGUAGCGAAUCUCAUGAGAAGGUGCUGAACUGGUUGAUUUCCUUACUCCACUGCCCCCCUUUUAUACGGGAAAGUGGAUGGCCGGUUGCAUAAGAAAAUAGUAGGUCUGUUGUGGAGGAUUUGAAUACAGCUGCCUUGUCCAGGGGUUUACCAUAUAUACAGCUUCUUCAUUCUUGUUAUAGUUCAUAGUUUUACUGCCCUCUCUGCAAUAAAUUGUACCUUUUUAUUUGGGAUUCACAUCAAUUAGAUGAUUGUUAGAUCUA